CACCUUCUGGAGCCCCUGGGAGGCUCGGCCAGCCUGGGCUGAGCUCGCCGGGCCGUCCGCUUCUCUGCUCUCCAGCAGCUGCGGUCAUGGACGUGUGUCUGAGCUCCGAGCAGCAGACCACGCACCUGCAGGAGGCGCCGCGCACCCCGGAUGGCUGUUUCGCGCUGGCGGCGGAGGGGGCUCCCCGGGAGGAAGGCACCGGUGGACCUCCAGGAGAUGCGACCGAGGCGGGACCGCCCCUCCCCGGCCUCCAGCAGUUCGUGCCCACGGACUAUGAGAGCUACACUCAGGAGCACUAUCUGUUUGCAGGCGCCAAGAUCGUCAUCCAGGAGUCCAUCGAGAGCUAUGGCGCCGUGGUGUGGCCGGGGGCCACAGCUCUGUGUCAGUAUUUGGAAGAACAUUCAGAGGAACUGAAUCUCCAAGAUGCUAAAGUGCUUGAAAUUGGUGCCGGCCCAGGCCUUGUUUCUGUCGUGGCCAGUCUUUUAGGAGCUCAAGUCACCGCAACGGAUCUGCCUGACGUCCUAGGAAACCUCCAAUACAAUCUGCUGAAGAACACGGUAAACCGUGCUGCGCACCUGCCCGCAGUGCGAGAACUGGUCUGGGGGGAGAGCCUGGAGCAGCGCUUCCCCAGGUCAGCGUUCUAUUAUGACUACGUGCUGGCCUCGGACGUGGUCUACCACCACUACUUCCUGGACAAGCUGCUGGCCACCAUGGCGCACCUCUGCCAGCCAGGCACGGUGCUGCUGUGGGCCAACAAAUUCAGGUUCAGCACCGAUUACGAAUUUUUAGACAAAUUCAAGCAAGUUUUCGAUACAACGCUCGUGGCUGAAUUUCCGGAGUCAUCGGUGAAAAUUUUCCAAGGAAUACUAAAAUGGGGUUAAAUGAAAGAAAACGCCUUUCAAAAUGUAUCUUUUGAGCAGGGUUAGACAUUGUGCUGUGGCUAGAAGGCCUUUUAUGAGAUUGAGAAGCCAGGGCAGAAAAACGACCUGUGUGCCUAGAAUGAUAGUGUAGCAGCUUUGUAAAAUAACUUAUUUAAGGUGAUCUGAUUAAUCUAAAUAUCUACAAAGAAUAUUUAUAUUAAUAAAAACGUAAAAGCCC